GGUCUAGGCUAAUGAAGCCUGGUGGGGUGGGUGGAGAAGGGGAGGGUACCCAGGUAUCCGGCCUUCUCUUGGACCCCUUCCAGGCCCCAGGGGUCUCCACCCCAGCCCAACUCCAGGGCCCCAAAGAGGGGAGUGGCUGUGAUCCUGGGUCUGGAAGGGGCUGAGCUGUGAGCUAUAAAGGGAGCAUCUCUUAGCACCGGGACUCUAGGCAACGAGACCUGAGGCCAGACAGGACUAACUCCAUGUACCAUCCACGAGAGUUGUACCCCUCCCUGGGGACCAGCUACCACCUUGGGGCUCCCCAGCCGGGGACAGAUUCCAGCUUCCCCCCUCCCCUGGCAGAGGGCUACCGAUGUCCCGGUGAGCGCAGGGACCAGCUCCUGCGCAGGGAUUGGGGGUUGGGGAGCUGUGGCCCUCUGCUGGCUCCUCAUUCUCCCCCAUUGCCAGAUCUGGACACUCCCAAACUGGAUUGCUUUCUCACGGGUAUUGAGGCUGCUCCCUGCACCCUGGCCGCUCCUCCACCUCUACCCCCACUGCCCCCAGCCCUGGGCACUGAGCCAGUACCCCCAGCCCCAGAAGCCCUUCAUUCGCUCCCUGGAGUCAGCCUGAGUCUGGAGAAUCAGGAGCUGUGGAAAGAGUUCAAUUCCGUGGGAACAGAGAUGAUCAUCACCAAAGCUGGGAGGCGCAUGUUCCCUGCUUGCCGAAUAUCAGUCACUGGCCUGGACCCUGAGGCUCGCUACCUGUUUCUUCUGGAUGUGGUUCCUGUGGAUGGGGCUCGUUACCGCUGGCAGGGCCGGUGCUGGGAGCCCAGUGGCAAGGCAGAGCCCCGCCUGCCUGACCGGGUCUACAUUCACCCUGACUCUCCUGCCACUGGUGCCCACUGGAUGCGGCAGCCUGUAUCUUUCCAUCGUGUCAAGCUCACUAACAGCACGCUGGACCCCCACGGCCACCUGAUCUUGCACUCCAUGCACAAGUACCAACCCCGCAUACACUUGGUGCGGGCCGCCCAGCUUUGCAGCCAGCACUGGGGGGGUGUUGCCUCCUUCCGCUUCCCUGAGACCACAUUCAUCUCUGUGACAGCCUACCAGAACCCACGGAUCACACAACUGAAGAUCGCAGCCAACCCCUUUGCCAAGGGCUUCCGAGAGAAUGGCAGAAACUGUAAGAGGGAGCGAGAUGCCCGUGUGAAGAGGAAACUGCAGGGCCCAGAGCCAGUAGCCACAGAGGUCUGUGGGAGUGGAGAUGCACCAGGUGGCCCCUGCGAUUCCACACUGGGUGGGGAUGUUCAUGAGUCAGAUCCAGAGCAGGCCCCAGCCCCCCAGGAAGGUGCCCCUGCCUCAGCUCCUCCAUGUGGUGGCCCCAGUGCAGAGGCCUACCUUCUGCACCCUGCAGCUUUCCAUGGGGCCCCCGGUCACCUUCCAACAAGGCAAGUGGGACACGGCCACGGGGCUGGGCUGUUUGAGGCUGGGGUCCCCUUCCAUUCUGACACCCCUCACUUCUACUUUAGGAAUCCCAGCUUCCCUGAGGCUCCAGACUCUAGACGUCCAGCCCCUUACUCAGCUGCAUUCCUGGAGCUGCAGCCUGGGCCACGGGGCUCAGGAUACCCAGCGGCUGCACCCCCAGCACCCUUUGCCUCGCACUUCCUCCAAGGGGGCCCCUUUCCCCUACCCUAUCCUGGUCCUGGGGCUUACCUGGAUGUGGGCUCCAAACCUAUGUACUGAGCAAUUGCUGGGCCCCUCUGCCUCCCUGUCUUCCAUCACAAACCACAAACUUCCAGUUCCCCUGCACCCCAACCCAGCUACAGGCCCCAUAGCCUGCCACUUCAACUGGUCCCAUCCCCCACACCAAAUGGCAGCCUUGGGCCUCCCCCCACCAC